ACGGUCGGCUGAGCGGCGCCGGAUCCCUGGCAAAACUGUGGCACGAACCCCGCAUCGGGUCGGACCCGCGUUCCCCAGGCGCCGGCCAGCGAGCAGCACGCGGAGGCGGAGCGGCAGAGCGGUUGCCGGGCGAGCUGGAAACCAUGGCCAAGAAGGAGGUAAAAUCCUCACUUCUGGACAAUAUGAUCGGCGUUGGAGAUACGGUUCUCUUGGAGCCUCUCAACGAGGAGACAUUCAUCGACAACCUGAAGAAGCGCUUCGAUCACAAUGAGAUAUAUACAUACAUCGGGAGUGUGGUUAUAUCUGUUAACCCCUACCGGUCCUUGCCCAUUUAUUCACCAGAGAAAGUGGAAGAUUACAGAAAUAGAAACUUCUAUGAACUGAGCCCUCACAUCUUUGCUUUGUCGGAUGAAGCAUACAGAUCCCUCCGUGAUCAAGAUAAAGAUCAGUGCAUUCUCAUUACUGGGGAGAGUGGAGCGGGAAAAACAGAGGCCAGCAAGCUUGUGAUGUCCUAUGUCGCUGCAGUGUGUGGAAAAGGAGCAGAAGUUAAUCAGGUCAAGGAACAGCUUCUCCAGUCCACCCCUGUCCUGGAAGCUUUUGGAAAUGCCAAGACUGUAAGGAAUGACAAUUCAUCCAGAUUCGGCAAAUACAUGGAUAUUGAAUUUGACUUUAAAGGCGAUCCGCUGGGAGGAGUGAUAAGUAACUAUCUUUUAGAGAAAUCUCGUGUUGUUAAGCAGCCGAGAGGUGAAAGAAACUUCCAUGUGUUCUAUCAGCUGCUCUCGGGUGCCUCUGAGGAACUCCUCCGUAAGUCUAUGGGUGCCUCUGAGGAACUCCUCCACAAGCUUAAACUGGAGCGGGAUUUCAGCAGAUACAACUAUCUGAGUCUGGACUCUGCCAAAGUGAAUGGUGUGGACGACGCUGCCAAUUUCAGAACUGUCAGGAAUGCCAUGCAGAUCGUGGGCUUUUCGGAUCCUGAGGCCGAGUCUGUCCUGGAGGUUGUGGCAGCUGUCUUGAAACUGGGGAACAUCGAGUUCAAGCCUGAAUCACGAAUGAACGGUUUGGAUGAAAGCAAAAUCAAAGACAAAAAUGAGUUAAAAGAAAUUUGUGAGUUGACCAGCAUCGAUCAAGUGGUUUUAGAAAGAGCGUUCAGUUUCCGAACGGUUGAGGCGAAGCAGGAGAAAGUUUCAACCACAUUGAAUGUGGCUCAGGCUUAUUAUGCCCGUGAUGCCCUGGCUAAAAACCUCUACAGCCGGUUGUUUUCAUGGUUGGUAAAUCGAAUCAACGAAAGCAUUAAGGCACAAACCAAAGUGAGAAAGAAGGUCAUGGGUGUUCUGGACAUUUAUGGCUUUGAGAUAUUUGAGGACAACAGCUUCGAGCAGUUCAUUAUUAAUUAUUGUAAUGAAAAGCUUCAACAAAUCUUCAUUGAACUGACCCUCAAAGAAGAGCAAGAGGAAUAUAUUCGUGAGGACAUAGAAUGGACUCACAUUGACUACUUCAACAAUGCUAUCAUUUGCGACCUAAUAGAAAACAACACAAACGGAAUCUUGGCCAUGCUGGAUGAAGAGUGCCUGAGACCCGGCACUGUUACAGAUGAGACCUUCCUGGAAAAGCUGAACCAAGUCUGUGCCACCCACCAGCACUUCGAGAGCAGGAUGAGCAAAUGUUCCCGCUUCCUCAAUGACACGACCCUGCCUCACAGCUGCUUCAGAAUCCAGCAUUAUGCUGGCAAGGUGCUAUACCAGGUGGAAGGGUUUGUUGACAAGAACAAUGACCUUCUGUACCGAGACCUGUCUCAAGCCAUGUGGAAGGCUGGCCAUGCCCUCAUCAAGUCUCUGUUCCCUGAAGGGAAUCCUGCAAAGGUCAACCUGAAAAGGCCUCCUACUGCAGGGUCCCAGUUCAAGGCGUCGGUGGCCACCCUGAUGAAAAACCUGCAGACCAAGAACCCGAACUAUAUCAGGUGCAUCAAGCCGAACGAUAAAAAGGCCGCUCACAUUUUCAGUGAGAGUCUCGUGUGUCAUCAGAUCCGGUACCUGGGUCUUCUGGAGAACGUUCGAGUGAGACGGGCAGGCUAUGCCUUCAGGCAGGCCUAUGAACCUUGUCUGGAAAGAUACAAGAUGCUUUGCAAACAAACAUGGCCUCACUGGAAGGGACCAGCAAGGUCUGGUGUGGAAGUUCUGUUUAAUGAGCUAGAGAUUCCCGUGGAAGAGUACUCCUUCGGUAGAUCCAAGAUAUUCAUCCGAAACCCAAGGACAUUAUUCCAAUUAGAAGACCUAAGGAAGCAGCGGCUGGAGGACCUGGCCACUCUCAUUCAGAAGAUUUAUCGAGGAUGGAAAUGUCGUACACAUUUUCUGCUCAUGAAAAGAAGCCAAGUCGUGAUUGCCGCCUGGUACAGGAGAUACGCGCAACAAAAGCGAUAUCAGCAGAUAAAGAGUUCAGCCCUGGUGAUUCAGUCUUACAUCCGGGGCUGGAAGGCUAGAAAAAUCCUGCGGGAGCUGAAGCAUCAGAAACGCUGCAAGGAGGCAGCCACCACCAUCGCAGCAUACUGGCACGGCACCCAGGCGCGAAAGGAGCGGAGGCGGCUGAAGGACGAGGCUAGGAAUAAGCACGCUAUUGCAGUUAUUUGGGCUUUCUGGCUUGGAUCGAAGGCACGAAGGGAAUUGAAACGCUUGAAGGAGGAGGCUAGGCGUAAGCAUGCAGUUGCUGUCAUUUGGGCUUACUGGCUUGGACUGAAGGUACGAAGGGAGUACAGGAAAUUCUUUAGAGCAAAUGCUGGAAAGAAAAUCUAUGAGUUUACACUUCAAAGAAUUGUGCAAAAAUACUUGUUGGAAAUGAAAAAUAAAAUGCCUUCCUUGUCACCAAUAGAUAAAAAUUGGCCAUCAAGACCUUACCUAUUCUUGGAUUCGACUCACAAGGAGCUAAAAAGGAUCUUCCACUUGUGGAGGUGUAAAAAAUACAGGGAUCAAUUCACAGACCAGCAGAAACUUAUUUAUGAAGAGAAGCUGGAGGCCAGUGAACUCUUCAAAGACAAGAAGGCUUUAUAUCCUUCUAGUGUUGGUCAGCCAUUCCAAGGAGCUUACCUGGAAAUCAACAAGAACCCAAAAUAUAAGAAACUCAAAGAUGCCAUUGAAGAGAAGAUCAUUAUUGCUGAGGUUGUGAACAAAAUCAACCGGGCUAAUGGGAAGAGUACAUCUCGGAUUUUCCUCUUAACAAACAAUAACCUUCUCCUUGCUGACCAAAAGUCGGGGCAGAUCAAGUCCGAGGUCCCCCUGGUGGAUGUGACUAAGGUCUCCAUGAGUUCACAGAAUGAUGGUUUCUUUGCAGUACACCUCAAGGAGGGUUCAGAAGCAGCUAGUAAGGGUGACUUUCUCUUCAGCAGUGACCACCUGAUUGAAAUGGCAACCAAGUUGUAUCGCACGACUCUUAGCCAAACUAAACAGAAGCUCAAUAUCGAGAUUUCCGAUGAGUUCCUGGUACAGUUCAGACAGGACAAAGUAUGUGUGAAGUUUAUUCAAGGCAACCAGAAAAACGGGAGCGUGCCAACCUGCAAACGAAAGAACAACAGGCUUCUUGAAGUCGCUGUCCCUUAAGUGAGGCCUCCUCUCUGUUCUCACGGACUUGUUUCCUCGUAACAGUGCAAUUUUACUUUGUUUCAUUUGGGGCUCACUGUAUGUUUCAGAAUUGCCAAAGGCUAGCUGAGUCCUUUCGGUAAAAUUAAAAGUAUUUGACUAAUGAGUUUUAAUUAUCAGAACAGUUAAUUCUUAAGUCCACAUUCUGUCCUGGGCAGGAUUAUAGAAAUUAACAUGUCUGUUUCUAUGGCAUAUGUGUUUUCUCCUUAGUUACCUAGGCUUGUGUACCGUAAACCCACAUAUUACCCAUAAAUCACUAGUACAUGUCAGCAUAGGAGGGAGGUUUACAAUCAGUUAUCAGAUAUUUAUUGAAUGCCUAAUUUUUGCUGGGCAGUGUGCUGAACUUACUCGGAAACUUCUGUUUUUAAAGCUGUUGCCUUCUGGCUGACUUGUGCUGGGAAAGCAGCAGCUAAGAAGGCUGAAGAGGUUGAGGCGAAUGAGGCUGCUAAUGAAAGGGCACUAGCAGGGACCUGGUAGUGUGUGCACUCACUGAGAAGCAGUGGUCCUGGGGGGAUUGGAGAUAGGUGACUGAGUCAAACUCCUCUAGGUUUUCUUAUAUAUAUAAAUCUAUUUGAAAAAGAGAUGACCAACAUUUACACAUACACAGUUAUUGGUUCAGAUCCCCUGUAAUCACCUUCUGUUAGAAAACAGAAGUUGUUUUCACUUUAGAAAAACUAACUGAAGAAGGGCUAUACAAUGCUUUGUUUUUAGUCCAGAGAAGCAUGAGUAAGGACCCUAGAUGUCCACAGGGUAUCCACCCAGAGUGGCCUAGAUGUCCUCAGUGUAUCCACCCAGAGUGGCCUAGAUGUCCUUAGUGUAUCCACCCAGAGUGGCCUAGAUGUCCUCAGUGUAUCCACCCAGAGUGGCCUAGAUGUCCACAGGGUAUCCACCCAGAGUCACAUAGAUGUCCACAUUGUAUCCACCCAGAGUCACCUAGAUGUCCUCAGUGUAUCCACCCAGAGUCACCUAGAUGUCCUCAAUGUAUCCACCCAGAGUGGCCUAGAUGUCCUCAGUGUAUCCACCCAGAGUCAGUAGCUUUUGAAACUGCAUGAUAAAAAGAGGCUGAGAGCCAUUCAGACUGGCAGAUCUUCUCUUUGAUGUGCAAUAAAACAUCCAAGAUCACUUUUGAAAGUUUUAUUUAUAAUAUGCAUUUUUGUAUGAGAGAGCUGAUUGGUAUAAGGUGUGUAUUUUAGUCAAAGAUCAAAAUUUAACGUUAGAAUUAGUUUUCAGGGUUUUUUUUUUCUUCUUCAAAAUUUACAAUAAGGAUUCAUUUUGGAAACCACAUUUUAAACUCUGGAAUUAAAUUUUUUCUUAUUUGGGAGGAUAAUGUAUAUACAUUGGGAUUAUGUUAAAUAAUAAAAUUGUUCUAAUUUGAUGCCAUUUGCUGGAUCGCAACUGUAUUUUUGUAUCUCAAGCUAUUUUCAUGUUAGUGUCAAAGUAACAUGUCACAGAAAGGUUUUCCAUUCAUAUAUUUUAUGGUCUCUGUGUUAACAGGUUUCCACUAAUCUUUUUGUACCAGUAUCAGUUGAUGAAAAAGUUCUCUGGGGAUUUUCUUUUGAUUUUUGUACUUAAAAAAAAAAUUCUGAUAAAGAAA